GGCGUCCCCUGGCCCGUUCCCCGCCACGCACGCGCGCGGGGGUGGAGGUUGGAUUUCAGCGCGGAUCCGGACGGGCCGGGAGAUGCCGAGGAUUCCAGAGCCGGAGAGGGACAGUGAGCCGGACGCGUUUCAGAUCGUGCUGCCAAUCACUGUCUUGGUGCUCAGCGAUGAGGAUUUUCUCCAGGGUGAUGCUGAGGAGCAGGACGUGUCCGUUCCCAAGGUGGAGCAGGAUUUUAACUUAAACAACAGCGUUUGCCUAAAAGAUGUUGUGGCAGCUUCAAACAACUGUAGCAGUGUAGGCAGCUGGGAUGAAAACAAGACUAUUUCAAAUGAAGAUAGUUGUAUUAAAUACUCUGAAGAGAAGUGGCUUGUUGAGGGUGUGUGCAACGCAUCAAAAUCAUCUUUAAGUGAUGGGUGUGGUGCAGGCCUGGAGAAACGUGGCCAAAAUUGCACGUUACCUACAUCGCCUUGCAAAACAGAAAUAAACAAAAUCAGUGGUGGAAAAGAAUGUGAUGGUGGCUUUCAGAAGAUUCCCACUCUCCUCUUUGCUGGCAGUGAGGUCAGAGAUGAUACCAGCCCAUUGAUGUUGCCAGUGGUACCCAAAAAAGAAGAAGAACCUGGUAGUGUUGCAGGUGUUCUUUGUGAUGGCAGUCCAGAGGGACAACCAGAAAUCCACAAGGAGAUGGAGGCAGUUGCUGAAAUGGAAGAUCCUGAUUCUUCAAAGAAUGAUAAUGAAGCUGAUACUGAAGCUGAUAAAAGAAAAAUAAGCAAAUUUGAAGAUGAAACUCUGAGUUCUCUUCUGGAACAUGGCUUAGAGGAAGAACAGAAAUUUACCUAUAAUUGUUCUGAUCCAUUUCUUAAUGGAUGUUCUCCUACUUCUAAAGAACUUCCAGAAGACGAAGGGAAACCUGAGGUGAAUGUUUCCACUUCUGCUGAAUCAAAUACUACUGGAGAGCAUAUUUAUAAGACACUAACACCAUUUCCUAGAAAAAGAUAUCGGCAACAAAAAGUUGUUUCUUCUCAUGCAAACCAAAAAGAAUUCCAAAGCCAGCAAGAAGGUUUAGUGUGGCAGAGUAAUACUUUGACCCUCUCACCCCUUUCUAAAACAUCUCGUUCUACAAAUAAGCAUGAAAGAUUGAAUUUCAAGUGCAGGUUUUGCAGCUCUAUGUAUAAAUGCAGUGCACACUUAAAGAAACAUAUUUAUUCAGCUCACAAAGAUGAGAAAAUACAUAAAUGCUGCUUUUGUAAAAGAACCUUUUUCUUCUUUUUCAACCUUAAGAAUCACCUUAAAUUGCAUAAAAAAAUUACCAGGUUGCAAAAAGCAAGAAAAAACAGAACAAAUGCAAGAAAAGGGAGGCAGAGAGGAUCUGAAGAAGGGACAUCUGAGACCAAGAAAAGAGAACGUAAAUAUGAGAAAUUUUUUGUUAAAAUUGAAAGGGACUUUACACCUCUGUGUGUGCCAGUUAGUUUUUCCUGCAGAAUGUGUUUCUUUGCUUCAUCAAACCCAAGGAGUUUUAUUCAUCACAUGAAGGGCCAUAAAGAGAGACCACCAUACCAGUGCCCUCAGUGUGACUACUCCUGCACUACCUUUUCCUGCCUGUUAACUCACAUGUACUGGCAUGCUGGGUAUAAGCUGUACCAGUGCAGAUUCUGCAGCUUCUUUUCAUUAUAUUUUGCAAGCAUGGUGAGGCACAGCUCCAUCCACACAGGGGCUAAACCAUGUUCCUGGGAGUUCUGCCAGUCAGCUUUCAGCAGCAGCUUGGAGUUAAAGAGACACAGGAGGCUCCACACAGGGACAGAAACGUGCCAAGGGCAGGAACUUGACUGUGUAAGUGGAAGGAAGAGAACUCGAAGAUCUUUAAAGAAUUAUUCAUGUGAUGAAUGUAACCUGGUGUUUUACACUAAAGGAGAUCUCAACUUGCACAAGACAUUUCAUGAACAGUUCAAGGCUAAUGGUUAUACAGAUCAGAGCAAUAAAUACCACAAAAUAUGCAAAGGUGAGAGUGAUUCUCAGGGCCACGUUUCUCUCUUUGGUAGAGAAAAUGAUUGUCUCAGUGGGGCAAUGCUGGCUUCAGAAGUAGACUGUGAGCAAGCAGGUGAUAUGCAGGGCAAUAAGAAAAUGUGCUCUGGAAAUAAAUUCCCUGAAAACAGUCUUGGAAGCAACAGCCUGGCUAUUGCUGGGAAUAGAUCAGAAGUCGCUCAGACGUCACACAAAAUGGACGCUGUCCUUUACAAAGAGGAACCUCUCUUCAAGUCAGAGGCCUCUCAUUCACAAGUGCAAGAUGACAAUGCAUACCAUAACUCUGUGGAAAACUCAAAGGAUUCAUGUUCUUCCACUUUAAAUACAUUCAGAACAUACAUGUGCCAACACUGCAGUUAUGCUACUGAUGUUCAGAACAACUUCAGGCUACACCUAAAGAUACAUACAGAUGAAAAACCAUUUGUAUGUAAAGAUUGCAAUAAGACAUUUAAAACAUCCAACCAUUUGCAGAAACACAGCCUCCUUCACGUAAAGAAUGAACAGGAGUUGGACAGUUGCUUCUAUGUAGAGAAGGGUUUGGAAAAUCUUGAAUUGCAUCGUGAAAUUCAUGGAGGCACAUGUCCAGAAAGGGAUUUUGGUUCCUCAGAAGGUUCAAACAGCUCCUUGCUUGGUUCAAAAGUCUUUGGAGUACAGCCAGAUGUUCAGAGGGACAGGAAAAACGAUUUGCUAGCACAGAGUCAGCCACUAUUCUACCAGUGUGCAGAGUGCAGGUACAAUACUUACCAUUUAAGCAACCUUGAACUCCACGUAAGAACUCACACGGGUGAGAAACCUUACAGCUGCACUGUUUGCCAGAUGAAGUUUCGUACUUCCAGCCACCUGAAGAGACACAGAGUGACACAUUUUAACACAGAGCGUUUCAAGUGCAGGAACUGUGACUACUCCACAAACCAAUGGCUGGCCCUGAAACGUCACCUGGCUUCGCACUCCGGCGAGGGAAGCUCCUCUCUGGGCACAGCUCAUCUCUGCGAUCACAAGGAGCUCCCUGUGAAAACGUACCGGUGUGAGGAGUGUGGCUAUUGCACGGCCCACAAGGGGAACAUGAAGCCCCACCUGCGGAUCCACACCGGGGAGAGGCCGUUCAAGUGUGGGCAGUGUGCCCUGGCCUUCCGCACCUCCAGCCACCUCAAGCGCCACCUGCUGACUCACUCGAGGCUGCGCUGCAGGAGGUGUAAAUACUCCACGCUGGAUAAACGGGCUUUCCAAAAGCACGUAAAAACACACAGAAAAAAGUACACCUGCGGGAGGUGUAAUGUGGCACUGCCUACCCAGAAACUGCUGGAAAAGCACGAGCGGCAGCACAGGGGUGGGAUAUAAGGUUGGGAGUUGGCACUUGGUUCUAGAGUGGUUUGUGUGUUCUGAAUUUGUUGAGGCUUUACAUUCCAGAGCGAGGGCUGGUAAGGGAUACAUCCAGCAUUUUGGUCCAGAGAGUGAAACUUGGAGGACUGGUUUGCUCCAGGUUUUUCAGAGAGGUUCAGUUCUAGCACAGGCUGUGCUAAAGGUCUUGGAGACACUUCUUCAUGCCUGAGUAACUGCUUAAUACCAUGAGUCCUGUUAGGAUUUGGCCAUCACUUUAAACAGUUACUGUGUGCCACUUAUUUUCUUGUAAAAAAUUAAUAAAAAUCGCUUUUCUAACUGAAAGAAUGCUUAAAGGGAGGGAAAGAAAUACAUGUUAUAUAAAAAUUAUCAGUGCAUCUGGAGGCUUAAUGCUACCUCCGAUCUGCUGAAAGUUGCGUCCCAGGUUCUUUUGAAAUACUUGUAAGAGAAGGAAAAAAGUCUCUCACAAAACUAUGGAAACAAAAUAUUCAUGUCAUCACUGCAUAACUGUGAUAUGAAGAUGUUUUCUAUAUGUAUAUAAAAGGUUUAUUAGGCAGUUAUCUUGUUUGUAGUUUUGAUAAUUUUGUGAGCAGUCUGACAGAAAGGGUAAUGUCCUGAAUAAUUUAUUUUAUGAUACUAAGAAUCCUUAAAUUAAUUUUCAGUUUUAUGUUAGUGUCUAAUGUUAACAACUGUGGUACAAAAUGCCUUACCUUUUCUCAGGCUGGUAGUUACUUUGUUGUUUGUAACAACAGAUGAUGUCAUUUUCAAAUAACUUCUGUUAUUUUGAGCACCUGCUGAUAAUUGUGAAUGCUAUUUAGUUACAUUGAAAACCUUAGGAAUGUCUUGAACUGCUUAAAUUUAUUUUAAGAACUUAACUGUUCAUCUAAAAUACCAUGUAAGAGCCACAUGCACCAAACAGUUGGUACAGAGUAUGGUGAAGGCAGGUGGGUGCUGCUUCCAGUUUCUAUUUAUAUCUAGACAAAUCUUUGAUUGUUUUACAGUUAUAGAGUGCUAGAAACUUUGAGUGGACAUCACUGAUUGUGAUAAGUGGUUUUGAUAACAAUCUUUUACUCUCUUGUGUGAGGAAAGACAACAGCAAAGGGCUGGUGUGAACUGUCCCCUGAUGUUACAGAUCAGUCCAUGAAGAAGCAGAAUAAACCUGUAGCUUAAUUUAGAGAAUGUAAACAUGGCACUUGUGGUGCUUUUCUACUGUUCCUAAAGUGUGUACUUUUCUUUAGAAAUAUAGGUAAUGUCUUGCAGAGGGUUUCUGGUAAAGCAGGAGGGAGGCUGGAUAUUUAAAAGCCAUUACAUGAUCCUGGGCAACCAGCUCUGGGUGGCCCUGCCUGAGCAAGGGCUUGGGCCAGAUGUUCUCCAGAAUUCCUGCAGCCAUUCCGUGAUUUGGAACACGAUUUUUCAAGAGUGGACUGAAACUCAUGAAUAGAUGCUUGGAUUUAAGGCCAGAUCAGCAAAGGUAUUCAAGUGAUCUAGUUCUUUGCAGCUGAGGUAAAGUCAGAAAACUGCCUGAACCAUGGUGGUUACAGAUGUUUGUAGUACAAGCUGGGAAGUCACCAUUUGGGAAUGAGUCGUUCAGAUCUUGGAAUGAUUGAGGCAACCAGCUGAUACAGUUGUGAGAAGAAUGUUAUCCUGUAUGAAGAAAGAAAAGCAUUUCUGGGAAAUAUUAACAGUUACACAAAUUUGGAGGCAUUUUUACCUGCAUUACUGUACAAUUCUGAUGGUUUAUUUGAAGAAAAAUUCCAAAGAAGAGGUACAAAGAGGAAACAAUGAAGAAAUUGUAAGCCUUUGUAUCAGAUGAGACUAGAAAAGCUAAAUCUGGUAGAGUUUAAAAGUGUGGUGUACAGUGAUAAGGGAGCCCAGUUUAUAGGGAUAAAUUAAUUUCAGUAAAUUUUUACAAGAGUUGGUAAACAUCAGUUUCUUCAAGAUGGAAGAACAACAAGAUAUUUUCAGAUGGAGUUUGACAAUUUUGUUAAAGUGUUCUAGGUUGUUGUUGCUAAUAAACAGUUUUUUGACUCCUGA